AUGGAUGCUUCACUAACGGCCGCUAUCCUCAUCGUGUCUACCACUGCGGCCCUGGACCCCGCAACAGACGCCUCCGCUACGGUGCUCCGAGAAGUGUUCAAUGUUGACGGCGCUGGGAGAUGGGUCGUCGCGGACGAAAGAAUCGUCUCCGAUGAUAUCAUUGAUAUUCAAAAGCAAAUCAUGCAGUGGGCAGAUGGUCCUGAUGCGCCAAACUUCAUCAUCACCACAGGAGGCACAGGGUUCGCCGUGUCCGAUACUACCCCUGAGGCAGUUUCGGCUUUAAUUCAUAAGCCAGCACCUGGCCUAGUUCAUGCUAUGCUGUCUUCAUCAUUGGCUGUCACGCCUUUCGCCAUGAUGUCCCGCCCUGCUGCGGGCGUAAGAAACAAGACUGUUAUUGUCACGUUGCCAGGAUCCCCUAAAGGAGCCAGAGAAAACUUGCUGGCCAUCAUCAAGACGCUGCCGCAUGCCUGCUUACAAGCUGCAGGUGCUAACUCCAGACAGCUACAUUCUGGUGGUACUAAGAAGCUGGAGAAGGAAGCUGGGAUCAUUGAAAAUGAGCAUUCUCAUACGCAUGGCCACUCGCAUACGCAUGAACACGGUCACCACGGACACGAUCACAGUCACAGCCAGGGGCAUGGGCAUGGCGACCUAGUCCGUCACACGAGGCCAGUCUCUAGCCCGCUUUCCAACGACCCAUCUCUUGGGCCAACACGCCGCCAUAGAGAAUCACCAUACCCCAUGGUAUCCGUCGAAGACGCGCUUGCCAUGAUUGACGAAUUCACACCACCGCCAGAGGUUGUGCGCUCAAAAAUUGAUCAAGAAAUAAUCGGAUCCGUCCUAGCUGAAGAAGUCAAGGCACGCGAGAAUGUUCCCGCUUUCAGAGCGAGCAUUGUCGACGGGUAUGCCGUUGUUGCACCAAAGGAUGGUAAUUUGAAGGGCGUUUUCCCCGUCGUUGGCGUUUCACAUGCCGCGCCGGGAGAGAUUGGUGCUCUUCAGGAAGGUCAGAUUGCAAGAAUAACCACCGGUGCACCUCUGCCUCCGGGGGCGACUUCUGUUAUCAUGGUUGAGGACACUGUUUUGAAGAGUAUGACGAAUGACGGAAAGGAAGAAAAGGAAGUGGAGAUCCAGGCCGAAGGCGUCAAAGAGGGCGAGAAUGUUCGCGAGGUUGGCAGCGACGUCAAGCAAGGUACUACCAUCCUCGGUAAAGGAGAGCAAAUCUCUGGCGUCGGUGGUGAAAUCGGCCUUCUGGCUUCUGUUGGAGUGGCGGAAGCCUCCGUCUACAGAAGGCCAGUCAUCGGCAUCCUAUCAACAGGCGAUGAGAUUAUUGAGUACAACCGGCCUGGUGCACUGAAACUGGGCGAGGUACGCGAUACGAACCGCAUCACGCUCAUUUCAGCUGCAAAGGAGUGGGGAUACGAAGUGGUUGAUCUGGGCAUCGCAAAAGACAAGUCCAACGCCCUUGAGGAGACUCUGCGCGCCGGUCUGCGACAGGCUGAUGUGCUCAUCACGACGGGCGGUGUGUCCAUGGGUGAGCUUGAUCUCCUGAAGCCGACCAUUGAGCGGUCUCUUGGAGGAACGAUUCAUUUUGGCCGUGUCGCUAUGAAGCCUGGCAAACCAACAACAUUUGCUACCGUCCCAGUCAAGGAUAAUGCCGGCCGCCGCGUGUCCAAGGCCAUCUUCUCUCUCCCCGGAAAUCCCGCCUCGGCGCUUGUGACCUUUCACCUCUUUGUUCUCCCGUCGCUCCACAAGCAGUCGGGUAUAUAUCCAGUCGGCCUUCCUAGAGUGCCCGUGGUUUUGGGCCACGACUUCCCCAUGGAUCCGCGUCCUGAGUACCAUCGCGCGGUGCUGACUGUCGGUGCCGAUGGCCAGCUGACGGCAAACAGUACUGGAGGACAGAGAAGCUCGAGAGUCGGCAGCCUGCGGUCUGCAAAUGCAUUGAUAUGCAUGCCAAGUGGCAGAGGAAUAAUGGACAAGGGCUCCAAGGCUCACGCCCUCUUGAUGGAUGCAGUUAGGAGUUCAUAG